UGGUGUUCGGGCAAGGCAGCUGCACAGUCAGCGAGUCAGUAUGUCUCUAACGCUCGUGGAGUGAAGAAGUGUGUGUCUUGCCGCUGCUGGCGAGUGUGACGUGUACCGCUUAAUCGUUGGAAUAAUACCGGUCCCAGUGUAUCAGCCAUCAGCGCCGGCGAGGGAGUGCCAGCCAAGGGAUGCCAAGUCCCCUAUCACGGCGUCACUGACUCCCCAGCCAGACAACCGGGCCAGCUGUGCAAGCGAAAUGUGAUACUUGUCCGUGAAAUGUGAAUCUGUUCAGCGGUUCCUUCUGGCCAACAACGUUUCUUGUGUGCGGUCCCGUCCGACGCUCGCCGACCCUCAACGUUUGUGGUGUCCUGCCAAACACAGCAUGUGCUAAGGCCUGUUCUCGGGAGACUGUGUUUGAGUUUUAAGGGAAAAUAAGGCUUUACGCUUGAAGGACGUGACUAGAAGGGCAAAGAACAGUAAAAAAAGAAACAAGGAGAGAAAGGGAAAUAUAUAGCAGAUAGAUUAAAAAGAAAGAGAAAGACUGUUAUUUGGCAUUGAGUGUUUCUUACCAUGUAAUCGUCGACGGAGGGUGCGCUGUCAAGAGUCCGUGAGAGAAUCCUAGAGGAGUCCCACACGCAUCAAGUAAUCCCAGGUUCUUCGCGCCGCCCUUCGCGCCUCCAGGAUGGGUGACGGCAGCAGCUCCCGCCCCCUCAAGAUCACCGUGGUGGGCGACGGCACCGUGGGCAAGACCUGCCUCCUCAUCUCCUACACGUCGGGGGAGUUCCCUGUGGAAUAUGUGCCAACAGUGUUCGACAACUAUGCAGGUUCUCACACAGUAGAAGGGCGAUCCUAUGCUAUGACGUUGUGGGACACAGCAGGACAGGAAGAGUACGAGAGAUUGCGUCCACUCUCUUAUCCCGGGACACAUGUGUUCAUAGUGUGUUUUGCGCUGGACAAUCGUGCCAGUUUUGAGAAUGUAUCAUCGAAGUGGCUGCCAGAGCUAAAACAGCAUUGCCCAAAAGCACCAGUGGUCCUUGUUGGUACUAAAAAGGAUGUGAGGAACCUGAAUGUCCUGAGUCCAAGAGAUGGGAAGAAGCUUUGCAAGAAAUGCAGCCUCUCAAAGUAUGUAGAGUGCUCUGCAAAGACACAGGAAGGAGUGCAAGAUGUCUUCACAUAUGCAACAAUGGCUGCUGUAGGUUUAACACCAAGGCAACGACCCUGUGUCAUUAUGUAGUAUCAGCUCUAUAAUUAUUGUUAUAAAACUUCUGCCAACUCAGAGUAGGGCAGGCAAAUAAUGUAUUUGACAUGUUUUUGUAGAAAUUGUCCAGAAAUCAUGUGAAUGUCACUUGUUGAUUAUAACAAUACUCAGUUGAGGAUUUUCUUUCUGCUAUAUUGGAGUUCAGUAUUCAAAAAGUAUGAACAAAAUUAUUUAUAUUUUCAGGUAAGAAAAUGUUGAAUAUUUUGUAAAAAAUGUAUGUACAAAAGACAGAUAGAAAAGCAAGUUUAUGGUGUAUUACCAUUUGUAUAUUUUCUGGUUAGUAACAAAUUAGAAAACAACUUGAUAUAAUGGAAAAUAUAUUUCUAAUUAUUCAUUGCAUUAUGAUUCAGUGUUUAAAACCUACAAGUUUCAAAGAUUUUUAUUUGUUUGUUAAUGAAAUUUAAUGUUCAGUGAGAAGUUUAUUAUCAUUAUGCUUGUAAGGAAGUACAUAAACUUGUUAUGAUGAUAAGAACUUGGUUGAAUAUGUAGUUGCAGUUGGUUUAAAUGGAAAUACAGAAAUGCAUAAACUGCUUUUUAUUGGUCACAGCAUUUUUUACAAAUGAUUGUUGCUUUUUUAUCAUAAUAAAAUUGUAAAAGGGUUUCAAUGGUUCUUCAUAGGUUACUUUCUAUGUUUACUGUCAUUUGGAUUAAAGACUAAUUGUAUUCAUGCUUUGAUAACCUCGGAAGUUACCAAGACUAAUUAUAUGUCUUCUAUAUGGAUUUUCUGUUGUUUAUAUUUAGAUAAUGGAAAAUAAAAAAUUAAAAGUAUACGUAUGUAUCUUAGAUGUGUGUCAGAGCAACAUCAGUUCAGCAACUAUGGAGAAAUGGCUAGGUAAAGUAAAGGUGGCCAAAUGUUCUUUCAGAACUGAAUUAUUUAUUUGUUUUAGAAACAUAGAAAAUCUUUAGAGUAGUAGUUUCUGUUUUCUUUUCAUGCCAGACUAGACAGAAGUAGGACUUUGGAAGAUAUGCAGUGCAUAUACAUUUUUUUUUUUUUAGUGGUAGCAAAAGGGACCAAAUGUAUAUGAUAUGAUAAACAAUGUAAACUUUGUUUUGCAUUUGAAAAGACAAGCUAUAUAUUUAUUAUCUAUUAGAUGUAAGAAAAAUGGUCACAUGAUUGGUAUGUUUCCAUACUUGAUACAAUUAUAAGAAUACCAAAAACAGAAUUUUGCUUUACCGAGACUAAAGCAUAUGCAUACUUUUAGCUAGUGGCCUUGAUUCAGGUAAUGCCUUUAGAGCAUUAUAAAUAUCCAUUUCAUUAACACUGCACCUGAAGAGUAGAUUAGUGUAGCUUUGGCAUUACUUUUUGAAGAGAUUAGAAAAUAUAUAUAUUAUAUAUAGAGAAAACGAAUGUCACUGAUGUAAAUUUUACCAAUUAAUUUAGGUAUUUAGAUGUAACAGGUCAUAUUAUUUCAGUUACCAAGGACAUCCUAAUGGAGAAAUUCAGAAUUCUUAUGUAUGUACUUCCACUGAUAUGAUAAAUAUAUAAUGCAGUCAAAGAAAAAGUUGGGAUAUUACUGCUUUCUUGUGACAGAAAUGCAUUUUCUAUCAUACAAACAGAUCACUGAAAUGAUUUUGUUGGUCUUUUGGAUAAACAAAUACUAUUCAUCAGGACAGUGGAAACACAAUAGUGCCUUAUAACAAUUUAUAUAUUAAUUUGCAUUUUAAUUCAGUAGCCUAGUUCUCUUCCAUUUAGUCAGCUGUAGUAUGAAUAAUUGUUAUAUAGAUGCAACUGCUAAAAUUUUGUUCAGUAAUUAAUGAGAAGUUUAUACAUGUGGCUCUCUCUUACCAGUUCAAAUAAUUAGAGUUAACAGAUAGAGUUUUUUGAUUAACAAGUAAUAUGCUGAUAAAGCAUUCAUGAUAAGAUUAUACUAGUAUGCUUCACAGAAAUGGAAACAGUUGUAUGUUCUAUAAAAAAAAUUAUGAUUUACAGAUUAUAAUAUACGUAGCAACUGAGAUAAUUUAAUGGAUAUAUAAAUCAUCAACUUUGAAUUUGAAAAUAAAUACAUAGAUAAAUAGUGAAUGAGAAAAAAAAAAAUCAAGAAAUAUAUAAAUAAGUAGCUAUCCAUACCCACAGACUAACACACAUAUUUAUGUAUUAUAUGCUGGGAAAGCUAAAUUAAACAGUCCAAUGGGGAGACAAGAUGACAGUUUUAAAUUCAAACUAGAUUUCUUUUUCAGGUUUGGAAGACUACUUCCUCUUCCUUCUCUAAUAAACAUGAAAAUUCAAAUCUAAUGUGGUAUUGUCAUCUGAACUUUCAAAUAAAACUGUUUAAUUAUAUUUUCAUUAUUGUUUCUGCUGUUGGGGUUACUGUAUGUGUUUGUAUGAGGAUUUAUCAAGUCCUUUAAUAUUUGUAUAUGUUUUUUGUUCAGUGUUCAUUGUUCUGUGAGGUGUGUACCAUUGCAAAGCUGACUUGAUAUGUAUUAAAGACUGGGUCCUUGUUUUUUAUUAAUCUAUCAGAAAUAUGGUUUUAUUAUGUCAGUCAUAGUAGAGCACUUAGUCAUUAACAAAUAUGUAUUCUUUGAGAUUUCAUUUUGGACUCUUAAACUAAAGUUAGGAUCUGACAGUGCAGUUCAUUGUACACAGAAAUACAUUUCUGUUAAAAAAGACCAAGGUAUAAUCUCUGCAUAGUAGUUAUACAGGAAGAGGAUUGUUAUGUAUCCAUAAAAAAUAGAAGCUACAGUGGAUCUGACAGACCUUGGAUAUUUUUAUAGCGACAGAUUGUAAGAGAAGUAAUAUCUUUUCACCCAUCAUUUUUGUCAUUCUGUCAUAAGCAUGAAAAAGUGUUAGGCUGUACAUUGAAAUGAAGAAUAAAUAGAGUCCAGUCUUUGAAACUGUCAAAACCUUGUAAAUCAGGAAAUCAUGUGAUAUAUAUAUUCAUGCGAUAAGAUUUUUCAUGUGAAUUACCAAAAUAGAGAGGAAAUGCAUUGAGAUGAAGGGAAAAAACACUUAGCCCACAAAGCCUAUAUUGUUUCCUAUGUUUUAUGGAUGUUCAUCAUUCCAGCAUAAAUGUAAUUACUUCAAUUUUCAAGUGCUACUAACAGCACAAAACCUUGAGAAAUGUUUGUAGUGCACUUAUUUGAAAUCUUGUAUUUAUAUAUAUACUGAAAUACUACAUGUUACACAUUGCUAUUGGUUAAUUAUUUUGGUUUACUUUGUUUUAUUGGUUUUGCCCACUUCCUCUUCAAUCUUUGUGAAGAGUUGAUUCUUUAGAUCUUUACCAUUUCAGUUCCAGAGCCAUAUUUGGAAAGAAAAAGCUUGAAAUUUAUCUUUUGUUUUGAGAGAACUUGAUGUCAAAGUAUUAUAGGAACAUAAGUGUGUGUAUAUUUCAUAUAGAUAUAAGUGUACACACAUUUGUAUACUAUUUCAAGUUGAAUAGACUUUGACUGGCCACUGUGCUUCUGUAAAUAAAUAUGUUGAAUUUCUUUGCUUCAGGAAA